CGUACGUUAGUUACGCACGGCAUAAUGUAUGUUUAACACUGGUAAUCACGUGACACCUAUAUACCCCAUGAUUUACAACAAUGUUUGUUUGUUAUUGAGCAAUUGAGGUUAUAUGCAGUAGGUUGUGUUAAUCAUAUCAAGAACACGAUAGUAUUUUGAAUUUUCAACUUAUAAAGAAACAUGGCCGUUUACGACCCAGCAGUUAGGGAAUUUUCAAUCAACGUAGAAAGAAAUAUGCUCGUUUACGACCCAGCAAUCAGGGAACUUGCUGCCUUACUGGAAUCGCCAGAAAUGAAAGAUGUCAAACCAGAAAUACGCGAGAAACUUGAAAACAUUCUGGAUAUGUGUAACAAGCGCAACAACUACGCAGAAGAGAUAACUACUGAACAUAGCGAUGUCUUGGCUCAGAUCACACAAGAAACAAUGAAUCAUCCAUGGGAAGAAGUCUUCAAGGCAGGAAAAACGCCGUGGAUUAUGGCAACAAGAAUGAUCAGUGGUCCCAUCACUAGUCAGUUUCUAAAUUUUAUUGUAAGCAUAACUAAAGCUAAACAGAUUUUGGAGAUUGGUAUGUUUACCGGAUAUACAGCUCUAUCAAUGGCCGAGGCUCUACCAGCAGAUGGCGUUGUCAUCACUUGUGAAAUAUCUGAUUAUCUAAAAGAUUUGACUUCAGAAUUUUUCAGUCGAUCACCUCAUGGUAAAAAGAUUAAACCAUAUUUUGGUCCAGCGAGAGAAACUUUAGAAACUUUAACAAAAGAAGGGAGGGUGUUUGAUGUAGUUUUUGUAGAUGCAGAUAAAGCUGGUUAUAGAGGAUAUGUCGAAACUAUUUUAGAUAAUGGUUUAUUGGCACCAAAUGGUAUUAUUUUAGCUGAUAAUGCUUUGUCUGAUGGUCGGCCUUACCUGAUCCCUAAAUCACGAGAGCAGAAUCCUAUAAAUGAUUUUAAUGAAUACAUUGCUAACCGACCUGAUUUACGACAGGUUUUGCUACCAUUCCGAGAUGGCAUUUUAGCUAUUAGACGAACAUUGGAAGCUGAGGGCCAGGCUGGCUAGUGUAGCACUAUCCGGUUACAUAUCUUUUAUUUUUGUCCAGUGAUCGUCUAGGGCUUCCCUUUAUGUACGACAAAUCGCACAUGUUCCUAAGUAACAACAAUACAAUAGUUUCUUGUAUACAGUUUUAUAUGGAAGCAGGUUACAUUUACUGAUAUAUUUUUAUUUUUAUUAAGCACUGCGUAUUUCAUAUUCCUUAAGAUAACAGUUUUUAUAACAACAUUCAAGCACUACUUUCCUUUUAUAAUUAGUUUUUAUUCACUUAUUAAAAUGAAUAAUAUUGUCUAGCAAAGUUUAGUAUGCAUAGCUAUUAUUCCCUUGAAAUGCUUCAAAAACUUACUUUACUCACCUUCAAAACAUUUUUUUGAUAAAAAUACCAAUAGAAAAAUAAAAUAUUUCAUUAAUUGUUAAAGAUGAACACUAAAACAAAGAUAAAAUUUUGUAAAAUUGGUCGAAACGUCCCUUAACCGUAACGUCCUAAACCGAAAUGUCUGGCGACCGAAACGUCCAGUGGCCGAGACGUCCGUCCACCCUUAUCUCCACCCCACCCCUUUACCGUCUAACCUCUACAUCAUGACCUUCUGAAAAUCAAAUGGUUGUCUAAUUUUCGAAGCUUAAUUUUGCUUUAUAUAUCCCCCGAUUUCUGCCAUCAUAAUAACAGUUUAAAACAAUAAAUACAUUAGCCUCGACUCUAAAUGGGUCAUAUCCCUCAUAUCCUAUUAUCUUCCAAAUAACAAUUUAACAGGGUUUCAAAUAAUGUUCAAAUAAUUAGUAUUUUUAGCUCACAAUGUUCUUAUAUUCAUAUUCACCUAACGUUACUACUAAUUAUAUUUCACUAGAAUACCAAUCUGAUUAAAAUACAAAUUAUAUUUCGUUUCGUUUUUUUUUAUACUUUCGAUGGCCUACACCAAAGCCGUAUAUAUACAGGGCUUUGGCCUACACUACAUGAACAUUUGACCAGUUUUAAUGGAACGUCGCGUCAGGUGUCAUACGCGCGGUUGUUGACCUAUGACGUCAGACAUUGAUUAAUCAAUCAGCGUUGACGUUUCUAGUGAUUUACCGAAAGUUCCGUGCACCUCACACCAAACACUCAUCGUAACAGACGGUUUCAUUGGCUAAUCCCUCACAUCAUCCAGAAUGCAGCUUAUAAUAUAAGAACUCUUCCAGAUCCCAGUGUAGUAAAGACAAGUAAAACGAAAUUUUGAACUAUGAAAAACGAAACGAAAAAGGAUAUGUGUUUUAAUCAGUUUGUUAGAAUACAUAUUCUUUUAAUAUUUUGGUCUUUUUGAAAAUGGGGGAGGGGUUGGAUGGCUGAAUGCGCGCGCUUUAUCAUAAAGUCUGUCAUUGAGUCGACUGGCGUGGUUUCGAAUCCCCGGUUGUAUGUGACAAGGAGUAGGGUCGCCUGUCCAACCUCGUGGGUUUUCUCCGGGUCCUCCGGUUUCCUCCCACUGCUAAAGACCCCUACGCGCAAGCGAAUUAUUGAAAUAAAAUUAAACCAUAUGUUAGUCCCGAAAUGACCUAGUUUUUGUCGAGUGGACGUUAAACUCUCUCUCUCUCUCUCUCUCUCUCUCUCUCUCUCUCUCUCUCUCCCCCUCUCUCUCUCUUUGAAAAUAAAGUUGCCUUAAAUCUUCCAGAUUUGCUUUAUUUUAUUAGCUUGACUGAUAACCUGCCUGAGAAGCAUUGGGUGAGAAGCACUGGGUCUCACACACUGGGCAGAGGAUGUUUCAUCUGCAAUAGAAGGCUUGAUCUCGCUUUAACUAUGUACAUCUUAUCAAGGCCUUCACGUAAUACCCUGAAUAUUUCGGCACUAAUUUCGAUUGGGUACAAGCCCAGCUCGUGAGCCUAUCAGAUUCUUCGAUCGUCGCAAAUACCAAGUCUCGCGCUUUCAAGCUAAAAUGUCUACCUGUGAUAAUCGAGUUUACAGAGUUCAAGCUUCGUUCAAUGUCAAGGUUUCCGUGGAGUUCGCUAUGUCACAACCUCUGAGCAGAAAUUCGGCCGUGUAUCUGUUAUCACUCGUCGCUUCAGUCAGUUAUAUAGAGCGGUGACUCGUGUUUUCCUUUGGCGUUCGUCACUUCCGAUUCGGGAAACUUGUAUUACUCAGCUAUCGUAGCAAGGAUCUCUGUGUUAAUAGUAUAUUUGGAAU